AUGCCGCACGGAGGCCGCGAGCAGUCGCCGCGCUCCUCCAAGCUCGGCCCGGCGGGGCGGGGGAGGGUUUUUAAGAACUCUCGCCUGCGCCCCACCGAAACCAGGACGCUGCACGUGGCGAUUCAGGGCUUCGUCGCCAGCGCCACGCCGACCCCAUCAGCCACCGGAGGUGCGGGGGAGGAAUUCUUCCCCCCGCCCCCCUCGAUACCCGACACCCCGGCUUCGCCCUCGCCUCCGCUGCGCACGGCCCCACCCGCGUGGCCGACCGCGGCGCCGGAACAGGAGCCGGAACCAAUGGACGUGGUGCCGACCACCGCCACUCCGGACGCGGGUGUGUCACACCCGACCACCGUCACUCGUGACGCCGGUCUGGCACACCCGCCGUCCGCAAUACCGCGGCCGACCCCACGGCCUAAUUCAGACGCGGCGCAACCUGCCGCCACCGCAGCCGCCGCUCCACGCGCCACCGCUCCUCGCGCCCCCGCCCCCGCACCAGCCGCGGGACAGAAGCCGAGGAAGCCGCAGCCCGCCGCGGCCCCGCCGCGCCCCCAACGGCCUCCGAAGAAGCCGACUGCGAUGGCGCCAGCUGCGCCCAUGCGCCCAGCGCCCCCCAGCGCCGCGCCCCCACGCGCAGCGCCCGUAUAUCGUGCGCCCCCGGACAACAUCGCGCCGGGGCGCUUCCCUUCGCCGCCGAAGAUGCCAGCGGACAAGAGGAAGGCGGUUUUUAUCACGCCGCCCUUCCGCCCACCACCCGUCCUGCCGCCCUUCGCUCCACCGCUGCACGGCGCUGCGCCCGUACCCACGUACGCAGCCGCCGCCGCCGCUACCACCACCGGAACGCCCGCCCCAGCCGCGCCCCCGACACCGAAGCCGCGCUCGCCCACGACACCGUGCGCCCCCCCGCCCAAGAAGACGCGUUACCCGCCGCUCAUCGUGGAGAAGCUCCCCAACUGGGUCGAGCACUUCACGGCCUACCUGGCUGAACUGGAGAAACACCAGGGAGUCGCCUGGUUCUCGUACUCCCUCCCCGCGGAGCGAAGCGUCAAGGUGGCCAUACGUGGGUUACCUGUGGACACCCCGCCGGAGGCGAUUAUGGAGGCGCUGCAGGACGCCGGCUACGGCGCGGAGUACGUCCGCCCCAUCCGCGCGCGCCAGGGACGACCUGGGUGUUUAUACUACGCCCAGGUAGCGCGCGCAGAAAACACCAUCCCGGGCAUAUACGGGGUAACAGAGCUACUCUGUAUGCCCGGGAUUAAGAUCGAGGCGUGGCGCGGGAAAAAGGGCCCCGCGCAGUGCCACCGCUGCCAACAAUUUAGGCACUCGUCGCACAAUUGCCACCGGCCAAUGGCCUGUGUGCGGUGCGGCGAGGACCACCCGGCCCGCGAGUGCCCCCGCCCUAAGGAGGAGCCGCCCACCUGCGCGAAUUGCGGCGGCGCACACACGGCGAACAACACGUCGUGCCCGGUGUUCCGCCGCGAGACGCGCAACCCGAGGGCGGGUACUGUGGCGCGCACAGCCGCCGCCUCCACCGCCAAACCAGUAGCCGCACAGCCAAGGGGCGAACAUAACGCCCCUGGCUCUCUAAUGGCCGCGGCAAACGAGCCGGGAGGCGAGCGACGCAAGAGGCGCAGGCGCAAGAAGGCGCCCCCGCCAACCGCCGCCGCCCCCAGGCCCGCUGCUGCCACCGCCGGCGCCCCCCGCGCCCCCGCUGCCGCCCCCGCUGCUGCUCUCACCGGCGCCCCCCGCGCCACCGCUGCCACCACCAACACUGCCACUUCCGCUGCCACCGCUGCGCGCCCGGCGAGGCGCACGGCUGCGCCACGCGGAGCGAUCCAGUGCCGCUGCUCCUAG